GAAAUUUGUCAUCGUUGAUCAAAUUGAUGCUCGAGUCAAAUGAUUUGAAUGGAAACCUUCCAGUGGAGCUCGGACAACUCUUCAAAUUAGAAACCCUUAGAGUUUCAAAUAAUCCCUUAACUGGAAUUGUGUCUGAAAAAAGUUUACGUUCUUUAAGAAAUUUAAAGAACUUUUCCCUGAGUUCACCCUUCCUGAUCUUUGACUUUGAUGCCAAGUGGGUCCCUCCUUUUCAACUUCUAAAUGUUGAAUUGGGUUAUUUGAGAGACAAACUUCCUGCAUGGCUAUUCACACAAAGCUCUCUGAAAUAUCUGACUAUCAGAGACUCAACCGCUUCAUUUGAACCUCUGGACAUGUUUUGGAACUUCACUACUCAACUCGAAUAUACCUCUUUGGAAAACAACACGAUCAAUGGGGACAUGUCAAAGGUGUUUCUAAGUUCAAAAGUGGUUUGGUUAGUGGCCAAUAAUUUAAGAGGUGGCAUGCCGCGUAUAUCACCAGAAGUGGUUGUUUUACACUUACGUAAUAACUCAUUGUCAGGAUCCAUUUCUCCUCUUUUGUGUCACAAUAUGAGACAUGAAAGCAAUUUAGUGUACUUGGACAUGAGUUAUAACAAUUUAUCAGGAGAACUCACAGAUUGUUGGAAUAAUUGGAAGUCAUUGGUUCUUAUCAAUCUAAGAUUCAACGAUCUCACAGGCGAGAUUCCUCGCUCAAUGGGUUCCUUGUCUAACCUUCGUUUUCUGUAUCUGAAAAGUAACAAGUUCUUCGGAAAGGUGCCCUUUUCACUGAGAAACUGCAAGAAUCUUCGCAUACUCGAUCUAUGCCGCAAUAAUCUUUCUGGGGUCAUACCAACUUGGUUGGGGCAAAAAGUUGAAGGUCUUGAAUUGAGAUCCAAUCAAUUCAAUGGCAAUAUUCCCACGCAGCUAUGCCAACUUCGUUCUUUAAUGAUAAUAAAUUUGGCGAGUAAUAAAUUAUCAGGACCAAUACCCAAUUGUCUCCAAAACAUCACAGCUAUGGAUUUUAGUAAUUCUGUAACUCGUACAUUCAAAUUUACCCUUAAUUACCCAGGUUUAUCUGUACAGAUUUCGUGUAGCAUUCAGCUGCUUAUAAAGGGAAACGAGUUACCAUAUUUUGAUGUGAUGAAUGCCAUUGAUCUUUCAAGCAACAACUUGUCUGGAAGUGUGCCUCUGGGGAUAUAUAUGCUAACUGGAUUACAGUCCUUGAAUUUGUCCCAUAAUCAAUUGAUUGGAACGAUACCAAAUGAGAUUGGCAAUUUACAACAGUUGGAGUCCAUUGAUCUUUCAUCAAAUAAUUUAUCGGGAGAAAUUCCUCAGUCCAUGUCUGCUUUGCAUUUUCUUGGGGUCUUGAAUCUAUCAUUCAACAAUUUUAUGGGCAAAAUCCCAGCAGGGACGCAACUUGGUUCCACAAAUCUUAGCUAUAUCCACAAUCCUGACCUAUGUGGACCUCCACUUACUAAGAUAUGUCCUCCAGAUGAAUAUCCCAACAACAAAAAAUCUAUGAGAGGAGAUGAUAGUGAUGAUGACAAAUUUCAGGUGCAUUCAUGGUUCGACAUGGGACUAGGAAUGGGAUUUGCCGCAGGAUUUUGGGGACUAUUGGGCACCGUUUUCUUCAACAGAAAAUGCAGACGUGCUUAUUUUAAAUUCCUUAACAGAAUUUCUGACUUUGUCAUCCAAAAGAUAAACUCCAUUACUGAAAUGUAGGAAACUGCCACUGUGGUCCUUAAUGUUCAUGUGCUUCACAAAGUUACCCAUCAAAUACAGAGGUUUUUGCAGCGGGAGUUCAUGUGUGAUUCAGGAUAUAUAAAAAUAAAAGAAGUGUGUGAUGAAAUGGCAGUGUAAAAUUGCUUUACACGGCCAAUAUAUAAAUGAUUUUCUACAAUAAAAGUCGUGACUUGUACAAAGUUUAGCGGAGCUACAUAGUCCAUUGUAAAUGCUUC